GCUAAUAUCAACUAUACCAAAUUCGAACCUAGCGAUUCUAUUACCGUUUUCGGGGCAGGUCCCGUUAAGCUACUAUUUACUUACUUAGCUAUUCUAUAUAGAGCGUUUAAAAUCUACGUUAUUAACUAUAUAAAAAAACGCCUUAUUCUUACCGCUUUUAUUAGCGCUAUCCCGAUUAACUUUACUAACAAAAACCCUAUUACUUAG